AGCUGUUGGCUGCUUGCAGGGAGGGAGGAAGUGAUGCAGGAAAAUGUCCAUAAUGUAGCUGCGCUCAAUGACUAAAAGGGGGAAGCACAAAGAAAUAGGCUGCUUUUCUCCGAAAUUAUUUCCACUCGUUUCACAGACUGAACACACCUCUAAAAGAACCCGAAGACAAACUGUGGCUGUCCGCUUUUUCGCCUAUUUCUCCUUUAAAAGUGAAAAAGAGCCCAACUUUUGUGUGGAAGUUUUCUGUCGCCUGCUUCCCCCGCUAGUUAGCUAGCUCUCUGAAUUAACGCUACGAGUUUGCUUCGGUUCGGCUUUUUUGCCAACUUAUUUAACUUCUUUGGGUUGUAUUUUUUACUCUACCUUCUGGAGUGAUGUACAUCCUAAUCACACAGAACGUCAUUUUCCAGAAAGAGUUGCUGGUGUCAGGGUCACAAUAAUGGAGCAGAUUUGAAAGACAAUGCCUCCUAAAAGAGUUAAUGGUUUUUAGGUUUGACAGUUGAAGCUCUGCUUUGUGGAAGAUCUGGUGAAGGCCUGAGGGUAUGUUGAGACAUCUCGCCAGGCCAGAGAAGAGGUGUCUAGGUGGUUCGGAAGGGGACUGAAGGUGAGGAGGACAGACAGACGAGGGACCAGGGAGGAAGACAUGGGCCAGUGUGUCAAUAAGUGUAGGAAUCCGACGUCCUCACUCGGCAGCAAGAGUGGAGACAAGGAGAGCAGUUCCAAGUCCCACAAGAGAGUCGAAAGUGCUAGUGGUGGGGUCCACAAAGAGGAUUCUAGUGCCCCAUCUAGCAAAUCCACCAGCGAGCUGCUGAAUGGCACCAAGGCCUUAGAGGUUACCGUGGAGACACCCGUCAUCUCCUCAGCGAUGAGGGACCCUUGCAAAGAUGAAAGCCUGGAUGGUGAUGGGUUGUCAAUGAUGCGCAUCGAGGAGCUCUUCGGUCACUACAAGGAUGAACUGGAGGACGCCAUCUUGGAGGAGGGCAUGGAGAGGUUCUGCAAUGAUCUCUGUGUCGACCCGGCGGAGUUUCGGGUUCUUGUUCUUGCCUGGAAGUUUCAGGCGGCCACCAUGUGCAAGUUUACAAGGAAGGAGUUUGUCGAGGGCUGCAAGGCCAUCAGAGCGGACAGUAUCGAGGGUAUCUGUUCCCGCUUCCCCUGCCUGCUGCUGGAAGCUCAGGGAGAGGAGAACUUCAAGGACCUUUACCGCUUCACCUUCCAGUUCGGCCUGGAUGCCGAUGAGGGCCAGCGGUCGCUGCAGCGCGACAUCGCCAUAGCGCUGUGGCAACUGGUUUUCACGCAGGACAAACCCGAGAUCUUAGAGCACUGGCUGGACUUCCUAGCCGAGAACCCCUCGGGGGUUCGGGGCAUCUCAAGAGACACGUGGAACAUGUUCUUCAAUUUCACUCAGGCCAUCGGGCCGGACCUCAGCAACUACAGCGAAGACGAGGCUUGGCCCAGCCUCUUUGACACCUUCGUAGAAUGGGAGCUAGAGCGCAGGAAAAAGGAGGAGGAGCGGGGACUGAUGACGAAGGAAGAAGGAGGGAGUUGUCCGGAGACAGACUGUCCCACCACAGACAGACUGGGAACCGAGGGAAGCCGUGGCUCACAGACGUGGGGGGGCCACUGACUAGAAAACAAGAUAUUUGUAUCAGAGGGAAGAAUAAGAUCUAUAAGUGACCUGGGAAUUAUUGGAUGGAUAUUAAUAUUACCAUUUCAGCUUCUCAUUUAGCUCCUGUUUUGUUGGGUUGGGAUUCCUGCUCUGCCGUUUCUCUCCUUUUAAAAGGGCUCUGACUACUGUUCUUUUAAGCACUUCUAUUUAAGUUAUUGUUUUACCUCCCAUGUGUUUUUAGCAAUUGACCAUAUGCAUUUUAUUGUUAAAUGCACCUACCAUAACUCAAUCAAUGUUUGGGGUAAUAAUUGCAUUACAGCCCUGUCUAGCACCCCAGUUCUUCCCAGUGAUGGCCCGGUCACCACCAGUAGGAUCUCCGUGAGGAAGCGGUGUAGUAGAGGAGAGCGUGGCUGUCUGGAUGGGACUGCUGCUAGGUAGAAGGUAGGGUUAUCUGCAGUGUUUUCCGAUAAGUUGGUCACAUCUUUUAUACGCUGUUGGCCAACAGUAAUGAUUUUAAUUCUGCCAGGAUGGCAACUAAAAAGCAGCAUCCAUCAGUUAUAUUUGCACACUUUUACCAGUCUUUGUUUUAAACUCAAGUUGUCGCCAUGGUAUCAGCCCGGCCCUAUGAUGUCCAGCGUUAUUUGGAGUGCUUCUGGGCAGUUUAGCCUGGUUUCUGCAGCUUCUGUGCUUUCCUCCUGACAUCCUGCAUCCACCAGUGUUGAUGUCCACCUUCCUUCAGAGACAACAGAGGGAUGUUGGCUUGCUUUCUGCUUGCUGCUCGUCUCACUGAAAGAAUAACGUAUCACAGCAAGUUAACUCAGAGCUAAAUUUGGGGGUAAUUUAUACAGAGGGGCCUGAUCCUGCUCAGAGCUCUUCACAAGCUCAUGAUAUUUUGCAGGAGCUGCACUCGUCACACUAUUGAACUGUGAUUAAAAGAUGAAGAAGAGUGCACACUUCUGAAGUAAUGAAAAUAUUCCUGCUGGCAGUUGAAACGAUAACCACACAGAAACCAAUGGCCUGCUAGCUUGUACUUGGAAUGCUUUGCAGAGAGAACGAUGUUAACCACAUAAUGACUGAAAGCUUUUCCAAACUUUAAAUUGAUCUUAUAAAAGUAUAAAAUGGUGUUUUGGAGCGAGUUAAAUUAAACCUGCCGGUUAAUCAAGUGUGAAGGAAAAGGGUUUGUUAUAAAGAGGGUGGCCAUUUCCUGAUGUGUUUGGUUUACAUCUAAUAUGGUUUUACUUCAAGCCCACUUUUUUAUAAGAAGUGUACUGAUUUAUAAUAAAUAAAAACAGUGUUGAACUUUUGACCUUAAA